GCUCCGCCCGCCAGGCCACCACGGCCGAGGGCCGGCUGCGGGGCGAUGUGGGCGCCGGCCCGUGCUGGGGGGCGUCAGAGUUACUGCGGCGGCUGCGCCCCGGGCCGGACAGCCUAGCUCUCGGGAGGACCAUGGCGUCCCCGGCGCUGGUGGCCGCGGAGGGCCCCAACGCGAGUGGUGCGGGCGAGGGCGGCGGCGGCGCCAAUGCCUCGGGGGCCGUGUGGGGGCCGCCGCCCAGCCAGUACUCGGCAGGCGCAGUGGCGGGGCUGGCGGCCGUGGUGGGCUUUCUCAUCGUCUUCACCGUGGUGGGCAACGUGCUGGUGGUCAUCGCCGUGCUGACCAGCCGGGCGCUGCGAGCGCCGCAGAACCUCUUCCUGGUGUCACUGGCCUCGGCCGACAUCCUGGUGGCCACGCUGGUCAUGCCCUUCUCGCUGGCCAACGAGCUCAUGGCCUACUGGUACUUCGGACAGGUGUGGUGCGGCGUGUACCUGGCACUCGACGUGCUCUUCUGCACCUCGUCCAUCGUGCACCUGUGCGCCAUCAGUCUGGACCGCUACUGGUCCGUGACGCAGGCCGUCGAGUACAACCUGAAGCGCACGCCACGCAGAGUCAAGGCCACUAUCGUAGCUGUGUGGCUCAUCUCGGCCGUCAUCUCCUUCCCGCCACUCGUCUCCUUCUACCGCCAGCCCGAUGGCGCCGCCUACCCGCAGUGCGGCCUCAACGACGAGACCUGGUACAUCCUGUCCUCCUGCAUCGGCUCCUUCUUCGCUCCCUGCCUUAUCAUGGGCCUGGUCUACGCGCGCAUCUACCGCGUGGCCAAGCUGCGCACGCGCACGCUCAGCGAGAAGCGCGGGCCCGUGGGCUACGACGGCGCGUCCCGGGCCACGGAGAACGGCGUGGGGGCGGCAGGGGCGGCAGCGGGAGAGAAUGGGCACUGCGCCCUCCCGCGCGCCGACGUGGAGCCGGACGAGAGCAGCACGGCCGAGAAGAGGCUGCGCAGGGGUGCACUGCGGCGCGGCGCACGGCGGCGCCAGGGGGGCGCGGAAGCACAGGGGCCGGGGUCCGAGCCCCCCGAGCCGGGAGCGCUGUCGGCGUCCCGGUCCCCCGGGCCCGGAGGGCGCCUGUCCCGCGCCAGCUCGCGCUCCGUCGAGUUCUUCCUGUCGCGCCGGCGCCGGGCGCGCAGCAGCGUGUGCCGCCGCAAGGUGGCCCAGGCUCGAGAGAAGCGCUUCACCUUCGUGCUGGCCGUGGUCAUGGGCGUGUUUGUGCUGUGCUGGUUCCCCUUCUUCUUCAGCUACAGCCUGUACGGCAUCUGCCGCGAGGCCUGCCAGCUGCCCGGCCCGCUCUUCAAGCUCUUCUUCUGGAUCGGCUACUGCAACAGCUCACUCAACCCAGUCAUCUACACCGUCUUCAACCAGGACUUCCGGCGCUCCUUUAAGCACAUCCUCUUCCGACGAAGGCGAAGGGGCUUCCGACAGUGACCUCGCAUCCUGGCCAGAGACCCAGGGCAGACUGGCCCGGGGGCGCAGGGGAGUGGGGAGGAAAGAGGGCCCCCUUUGCCUCCCCUCUCAGCGGGGGCUACUUCCGGGCCUGCAGGCCUGGGUCCAGCUCCUGGGCCCCCAUGGGGCGUGGCUGUGAAAGCCAGAGGGUGCGACCCCCACAUGGGCGAGAGAAGAGACCCCCAGACACACACUGCGCAGCGUCCCCGAUGAGCAAGGGCUGGCUUCCCGGGAGCAACGAGUUUAGAAGGCACCCAGUCUGGUUACUGAGAGUAUUUCAGUGUUUGCCGAAAACGACAGCCAAAACAACCAAACUAUUUUCUAAAUAAACCUUUGUAAUCUAA